GAGCUGGCGCACGGUUUGCCUGAGUAUCUCGCUGCGCUGCGAAGUGUUCGCCACGGACGAGGCGAGAUAUUUUGCACACGUGGCUGCCCGCAACACCCAGACUGCCCUCCACGAGGCCACGAGUCGGUCCGUGCUUCAGCGAAUCUACGAGGUCAUCACAUGGACAACAGAAUACCAGCGACAGCAUGGCAGUCAGAGCGCGGCAACCCUGUGCAAGCUUUGGAACGCGAAGUCUGGCGAGCGUGCCUUGGACUCUCAGCUCGUGGAGCCGUUGGACGUGAACUGGCUUGAGUCAGCAGAGCGCGUGUGGACUCGGCUCUUGGAGGAUCCGGCCUGCUUGGCGGUGAUCUUGACCAUGGAGGAGCAGUACGGCAAGGCCAGCUGCCUGAACUUCAUGGAGACCCUCGAGGUCCUCUGCAGCCGAGGCGAUCAGGAGGACUACGCCUGGUACCUCGAGACGAUUCAGGAUCAGCUCUUUGUGGGCGAAGCCAGCAACCGCGAUUUCAGCAGCCGCCACCUGAUUUCGACGAAGCCUGGCACGCCAAGAUACCUGCAGCUGUGGCAGGCCAAGAGAUCCUUGAAGAACCACUUCCUGGCCUGGGUCGGACAGCAAAGCGUGCUGAGCACCCAGGAGGUGGCGCAGCUGCAGUUUUUGGGCACCCACGCGAAGUUUCGCAAAAAGGUGGGUGGUGGCCCAGAGAAGGUGGACGUUACCUGGCAGGCAGCCUUGCCAGAGGCUGCUCGCAAGUGCGUGCUGUUCCUGGAGGCCCGAGUUGUGUCACGGCCAUGGGCGGAUCCGAGAGGCGAGCUGGGGAAGGCUCCGCUGACAGAUGUGCUCGCGGGUCUGGUGACGCCAGAGACCAUCGCUGCGAAGGGGAGCGAAUUGCUGCCUUUCCUGCGUGCAGCAUCGCAGCACGUUGAUACUUACUGCCAGUUCGUCGUGGACUCCGGCACGCAGAAGACUUUCAACGAUGCUCUGAAAGGCACGGCUGUGGCCCGCAAGCUGAAAGAGGGUCAGCGAGCCCUGCUCUGGUACGACGUGAAGUGUGCCACGGAGUCUUCCUGUCAACCGCACCUUCGUGUCCCUAAGUUCACCGCGGAUGACCUGAAACGCAAACUGCAGGCUUUCGUAAGCGCGCGAGACCAGGUGCAGUUGGAGGCAGGCGACAUUGCAGUGGUCUUGGAUGGGAUGAAGCAGGUCACUCCGGGCAUCAUGGCGUGCUUCGUUUAUGGAGACGGGUGGCACUACGACGAGAAGACACGGACUGAGAUGCUGCUUACCUACGAGAUUUAUGGCGGCACCAAUCAGCAGACCUCCAUCGGCCCGGUGAAAGUUCUUCCUUACGAAGACCCUGGGCUCUGGAAGCUCUCGGCGAAAGCGAAGAGCACACUCUACGGAGCCAAAGGCAUCUCCUUGGCUGGCGGUCCUUGCCCGGUGUCGGAUCCCCCACCGCUCCCAAAGCUGGCGAACGACCUGCUGCCCGUGAACUACCACAGCCUGCCGGAUAUCUUCUAUGGGGAGUUCGCGCGAGGGGUUCAGGCCAGUGUCGUGAUGAACGCGACAGAGGCCGACGGGGAGUUCGCGAAGGCCUGCCUGGCGCAGAAGACGUCGUACGUGGCCGUCGUCCACACCGAGGUGCAUGGCAGCAAAGCCGAGCUCCUUCACCGAGUGAAGGCGCUGGGAAAGCUCGGGCAUGUGGGCCCGGGUGGCACAGGUGGCCCCCGUGAUUGGAAAUGCCCCGAAGGCCAGCAACCGCGGAAGCCGGAAACUCCGUUGCAAACGACCUUAAAGCGAAAGACGGAGGAGCUGGAUCAGGCACCCGAGCACAAGAGACCUGAGUCAAGCUUGGGGGCUUUGUGCAAAGCGCCCUCCUCCCCUUCAAGCGACGACGAGAACGUCGAGUGCCUGAGGAAGUUCGUCGUCCAGGGCCGUCGGAAGCGGGUAGCACCGCAGAGGUACCAGCCUGCAACCGCACAAUCCGAUCUGGAAGACGAUGUCACCGAGACUGAAAGCUCCAGUGACGGAAAAGAGGAGGCGGCUCGUGGUGCCAGGUGCAGUCGGCUGAAGGACUGCAAAGGCGAGCUUGUGGAGCCGCCGCCGGACGGAACGGAGAAGCCGAAGAAGAUCCCUUUGAAGAAAGCAGGCCGUGGCCGUGGUGCGGGCAGAGGUCGCGGUGCGCGUGGGCGUGGAGCAGGCCAAACUGCGGAGCACUCUGCGACUGGCGAGCAGUCCGAGCAGGGCAAGAAGCGCACAGCGGGUGCCAAAUCUAAGAAGGAAGUGUUGGACAGGCUUCGGAAGCUACAGAAGCUGAGUCACGGCGCGGCGGACCCGGAUCCGAGCCUCAACCCGGAUCCGAGCGGCGAGGGUGAGGAGGAGAGCUUGCCAACUGGCGACGCGGACUGA